AUGAUGGUCAGCCCCGAACGCAGUCCUGAAAAGGCGGAACAGUGCAUUAUCGAGAGCGCGACAGUCAGCUCGGAUCGCCUGUCCGGCCAAAUUGUGGAAGACGACGAUGACAACGAAAACGAAAAUUUGCGAAGGGUCGCUGGCCCAAUCCCCGGUUCCGUCUGGCUCGUUAUACUACUCACUAUAGCCGAGCGCUUCUCUUUUUACGGCAUGACGGCUCCCUUUAUGAACUUCAUGCAAAACAGGCGCGACGACCCGCUGCGUCCGGGUGCUCUAGGCUGGGGCCAGUCGAGGGCGACGCAGGUCUCUAACCUCCUUUUCAUUUUGUCCCUGCUGACGCCCAUCGGGGCCUCACUGGCAGCCGACAAAGGCCUUGGUCGAUACAAGGUCCUGUGCAUCACCUUUGCCGUCUAUCUCACGGGCUCCGUCCUCCUUCUAGUUUGCAGUUUCCCAUCCUCGGCGAAUUUCGCUGCCCCUCUCUUCGUCGUGUCGCUAGUGUUAAUUGCUGUGGGUAUGUCUGGAGUGAACGGGCUCAUGGCUUCCUUUGUUGGCGAUCAGUACACUGUCGAGGAUGGGAAUAUUAUCACGAAUAGAAAAGGCGAGCAUGUUAUUAUCGAUAGAGCCCGGACCCUGGAGUCCAUUUACAACAUGUACUACUGGGGCAUCAAUAUAGGCGGCCUAUCAGGCCUGGCGACAACACAACUCGAGCUUCACGUUGGCUUCUGGGCCGCCUACCUCAUGCCUACCUGUGCCCUCACCAUUUCUGCGGCUGUUUUAUACCUUGGGCGUAAGCGCUUCACCGUCGUCGCCGCACAGCCCACUGCACUCCCUGAUGCCGCAAGAGUCAUGUGGCUUGCCGCUCGUGGAGGCUUCUCUGUCGACGCAGCCAAGCCAUCUCACCAAAAGGACAAGCACAAUCGGGAAGUCUCCUGGACAGACACAUUUGUUGAAGAGGUUAAGAGGGCGCUAGCGGCCUGUCGUAUGAUGUUUGCUGCAUGGCCGAUUCUAUGGCUUUGCCGCGGACAGGUUAGCAACAACCUUGUCUCGCAAGCUGCCCAGAUGCAGACCUCGGGGCUCCCUAAUGACAUAAUGUACAAUACUAACCCCAUUGUUAUCGUUCUUGUUAUACCCAUUAUCGAUCGAUUACUUUUUCCAUGGUUACGGCGUUCCGGCUUCGCCCUAACAGCCGUCACCCGUCUCGUGUGGGGAUUUGCCUUGGAAGCAGCCGCCAUGGCCAUGGCCGCCAUCGUGCAGAAGCUAAUCUAUAGCUCAGGGCCCUGUUAUGACCACCCACUGUCUUGCACGGCAUCAAAGAAUGGCACCAUUCCCAAUUCCGUCAGCAUCUUCUUACAAGUCCCUAUUUUCGCGCUGGAGGCCUUUUCGGAAUCGUUAUCCUCACCCGCUGGCUAUGAAUUAGCAUUUACCAUGGCACCAAGUAGUAUGAAGAGUGUGCUGCAAGCAAUAUUCAGCACUACGGGUGCCGUAGGUUCUUCCCUGAGUAUUGCUAUCAGCCCGCUAUACAAGGAUCCCCAUCUAGCUUGGGUUUAUGCCUCUCUGUCCAUUGCCAUGGCAAUGGUGACCAUUGGGUUUUAUAGUGUAUGGGGUAGAAAACAACAGCAUACCAUCGUUCAAAAAUAA